CGAGCGCCCGGGCCGGGAGCCGGGCUCGUGCGGGGUUCGCGGCGUCGCGAUGAACAUCGUGGUGGAGUUCUUCGUGGUCACUUUCAAAGUGCUCUGGGCGUUCGUGCUGGCCGCGGCGCGCUGGCUGGUGCGGCCCAAGGAGAAGAGCGUGGCCGGCCAGGUGUGCCUCAUCACCGGCGCCGGCAGCGGCCUGGGCCGCCUCUUCGCGCUCGAGUUCGCCCGGCGCCGGGCGCUGCUGGUGCUCUGGGACAUCAACACUCAGAGCAACGAGGAGACGGCGGGCAUGGUGCGCCACAUCUACCGCGACCUGGAGGCGGCCGACGCCGCGGCGCUGCAAGCUGGGAAUGGUGAGGAAGAAAUUCUGCCCCACUGUAACUUGCAGGUUUUUACCUAUACCUGUGAUGUGGGAAAGCGGGAGAAUGUCUACCUGACGGCCGAGAGGGUCCGCAAGGAGGUUGGCGAGGUCUCCGUCCUCGUCAAUAAUGCCGGCGUGGUCUCUGGGCAUCACCUUCUAGAAUGUCCUGAUGAGCUCAUUGAGAGAACCAUGAUGGUUAAUUGCCACGCACACUUCUGGACCACUAAAGCUUUUCUUCCUACAAUGCUGGAGAUUAACCAUGGUCAUAUUGUGACAGUUGCAAGUUCCUUGGGACUGUUCAGUACCGCUGGAGUUGAGGAUUACUGUGCCAGUAAAUUUGGAGUCGUGGGUUUUCAUGAAUCCCUGAGCCAUGAGUUAAAGGCUGCUGAAAAGGAUGGAAUUAAAACAACGCUGGUUUGCCCUUACCUCGUAGACACUGGCAUGUUCAGAGGCUGUCGAAUCAGGAAAGAAAUCGAGCCUUUCCUGCCCCCUCUGAAACCUGAUUACUGUGUGAAGCAGGCCAUGAAAGCCAUCCUCACCGACCAGCCCAUGAUCUGCACCCCCCGCCUCAUGUACAUCGUGACUUUCAUGAAGAGCAUCCUCCCCUUCGAAGCCGUCGUGUGCAUGUAUCGGUUCCUAGGAGCAGACAAGUGCAUGUACCCCUUUAUCGCUCAACGAAAACAAGCCACAAACAAUAACGAAGCAAAAAAUGGAAUCUAAGCGUCUUUUUUGUAUGGAAUAUCACUUCUAUCAGAAGACGAUCAAGAGGUUUCAGUCCGAUCCACAUCAGCAUCACUGACAUUCUCGAGAUUCUAAAUCCAUGUGGACUUUUUUUUUUUUAAUCAAAUUUUUAAAAAAAAUAAAGUGUAAAUUAACCAACUAGAGUACUGGGAAAACGUCAUCAGCGAGAGUGAGCUUCAGUUGUUGCCAACGGGGUCCUUUUUAGGCAGAACCCUAAAACCAGUCAGAUCUUUUAGACAAGCACUGUCGGGACAUCUCCAGGCUACCAUUAUUUUUUUGAACAAGCAGCAAGUCUAGAGAUGAUAACUACGGUGUGUUUCACCUGUGUGGUUUCUCUUAAUUCCCGUAGAGUUUAUUAAUUCUUGUAAUUAAACUCUAGCCGACUGACACCCUUGCAAUUUCAAGGACUGAUAGUGCUAUAUUUUCUCAUGUUUUCUAAGUUUCAGUUUUGCAAAGCCUGUGUGGCUUUUUCAUGGUGUUUGUAUGUACAGCUCUUGUCAAAAGGAAUUUUGAAUCUCCAUCAAUUUGAAGUAAAUGAUGCUUAAUUAUUACAGUAAAGGUGAUCAGGUCUCUUUCUUAAAGUCAGAAUGACUGAAGCGUUAGCCGAAUUUUAAAUGUUAUCUCUGAAAUCUUUCCUUAAGUAUCUAUCACUCUGGAGACCUAGUUAUCCAAAAAAGAUCAUACAUUUUCUACCUAUGAAUUUUGCUGCAUACAGAAAGUGCCCUUUCCUCAGGAAGUUGCUGUGUUUCAUUUCUUUUAUCUAGAAUACAUAGCAGCUCUGCAAAGAAACAGUUUCUAAAAAUGGGAACUUCUGCAUUUUAAAAAGUCCCCAUUUUUGUGCCAACUAUGAUUAGUGAGGGGGAAGAAAUCGUAUACUAUGGAGUACGUAUGGAAGGGUGUAAAGAUUCUUUUGCAAGUUUUAUUCACGUUGUAGAACAGCAAAGGACAUUUUUACAGUAUUUUUUUGUAAAGCAAACUAUUUUGUGCCUUGAAUUUGGUAAAUGUGUAUUAGUGAAACGUUGUAAAAGUGAACUUCUACCUCUGUAUCUAAAUGUAUACCAUCCACUUGUAAAUUACUAUAAACUAUUAUGUGAUUGCUUUUUUUUAGAAUGUCU